UCUUAUGCGGGGAGGAUGGACGGUGGCAACGGCAUGGAGGCGUAUUCACGGUAGCCGUAAAAUCGCUGGAGCAUGGACAGAGUGGACGGCUUUUUUCCCAAAACAACUUUUGCACGGUCUACGACCUGAUUGCAGAGGAAGGGAUAUACGCAUAGGCUACGCUUAGCAGUGCGUUUUACAUUGCUGCUUAGCCAGUGCCCCUAAUCAGAGCCUAAAUGUGUGUGUAGAGCAAAGAUCUUUUGGUAAGCGAGCGACUGAUAAUUUGGCAUUGAGUUCCGCAUAUGCCAUAACUUCUUUCAGCAAAGCUCCCAUUCUUUCAAAAGCAAAGCUAGCGUCGUGAUUGAAAGAAUUAGCCGGCGGAGGUUCAUUUGCUACAGAUUAAGGGAUAUGCCGAUUACUGAUCAAAAUGCCAAACCAAGACAGUUUUUCAAUGCUGCAAUCUCGCUGUGGAGGAAUCAAUUCUACCGGUCUUUGUGUUGGUUUGUGGAAAACCAAAAUGCUUUGAGUAAUUGUAGCAUUAACUCGAAAAGGGCACUGGAGAAGAUAUACACACUUUGUGGAGAGAGACGCCUGAAGGAAGCCAUUGCAAUGUUGCAUUGCACGGAAUGCGCGAAUUAUCAGUCUCCUGGACGCACGCCGAGUAUUUGACAGAAUGCCUCUGAAAAACACAUGCUCGUGGAACACUUUAGUGGCUGGUUAUGCCAAAGUGGGGAAGUUUGAGUACGCUUUUCAAUUGUUUGACGAAAUGCCUCAACGGGAUGCGGUGACAUGGACCGUCAUGAUUUCAACUUACACCCAACUUGGUCUUUGCCUGGAAGCUCUUCAGCUCUACAAGCGAAUGCUGCAAGAAGGAACAUUGCCAAACCAGUUUACUUUUACCAGUGUUGUUAGCGGGUGUACCAACCUAGAAAGUUUUCAACUGGGAAAGGAGGUCCAUUGUCAUAUUAUUCUAUUAGGUUUCGGUUCUUAUGUUGCGGUUGGGAAUUCACUUGUAAGCAUGUAUGCCAAAUGUGGGAAUAUUGAGAAGGCACAGUGUGUGUUUGAUCAGAUGCCUUUGAGAAAUGUAUACUCAUGGAAUACUUUGAUAGGAAUGUAUGCUAACUCGGGUAGCUUAGAUUUUAUGCAGCGUCUGUUUGAUAAAAUGCCAACAAAAGAUGUGGUUUCGUGGAACUCCAUGAUUGUAGGGUAUGUCCAACAUGGAUGCGAGAAGAAAGGCUUAGAAUUAUUUGUCCAAAUGCAACAGGAUAGCAUGAAUCCAGACUUAAUCACUUUCAUUAGCGUUCUAACUGCAUGUUCCAACAUAGAAGCUUUGAAGCAGGGAAAGCAGAUUCAUGCCCACGCCAUCAAAACUGGACUUGAAUUGCUUCAGACUAUGGGUAAUGCACUUGUGAGCAUGUAUGCGAAAUGCGGGUGCAUGGAUGAUGCGCGUUUUGUGUUUGACAAGAUGCCUGAACCCAAUGUUGUUUCUAGCACUGCUAUGAUUGACGGACACCUGAAGUGUGGCAGCAUAGAUUUUGCACGUCAACUGUUUGACGGAAUGCCUGAACGUGAUAUUGUUUCAUGGACAGCAAUAAUUGUAGGAUACGCUCAAUAUGGAGAUGGCAAUGAAGUUAUAGAACUUUUUGAAGAGAUGCUAGGAUCAGGUCUGAAACCAAACAAUUUUACGUUCUCAUGUAUUCUAAGUGUUUUUGCAAGCCUUGCUGAUUUAGAGAAGGGCAAGCAGGUCCAUGCGUACACAACCAAAAUUGGGUUUAAUUACCAUGUAUCUGUUGGUAACAGUCUUGUUACAAUGUAUGCAAAAUGUGGUGUCAUAGAAGAUGCAAAUCAAGUGUUUAGACAUAUGCCUGAACGAGAUGCUGUUUCAUGGACAGCAAUAAUUGCAGGAAAUGCUCAACACGGGUUUGGUAGAGAGGCUAUCCAGUUAUUCGAAACUAUGCUACAGAAAGGCAUGAAACCAGAUCAUAUUACAUUCCUGGGAAUUCUUACAGCAUGCAGUCAUGCAGGCCUGGUGGAUGAGGGCCGACACUACUUUAAUUUUAUGACCCAAAACCAUUGUAUCACUCCAGGAGCAAGUCAUUAUGCAUGCAUGGUUGACCUUCUUGGCCGUGCUGGUUGCCUAAAAGAAGCAGAAGAUCUCCUCAAUAACAUGCCUAUUGAACCUAAUGCUUCCAUGUGGGGAGCGUUGCUUGGUUCCUGCAGAGUUCAUGGAAAUGUGGAUUUAGCAAAACGUGCAGCAGAAAGCAUUUUUGUGUUGGAACCAAAACAUGCAGGAGCCUAUUCACUGUUGGCAAAUGUAUAUGCUUCAUCUGGCAGAUGGGAUGAUGUAGCCAAAGUGAGAAAAAUGAUGAAAGAUAGAGGUGUGAAAAAGGACCCAGGAUGCAGCUGGAUUGAAAUUAAGAACAGAGUACAUGUGUUUGGUGUAGAAGACGGACGCCAUCCUCAAAAACAGGAGAUUUAUGCAAUGCUGGAGAAACUCGCUUUGCAGAUUAGGGAGGAAGGUUAUGUCCCGAAUAUGAAGUUUGUGCUUCACGAUGUAGACGAGGAGCGCAAAGAACAAAUUCUCUGCCACCACAGCGAGAAGUUAGCAAUUGCCUUUGGGCUUAUCAACACACCCAGUGGAACAACCAUAAGAAUCAUCAAGAACCUGAGGGCAUGCGGGGACUGCCAUACUGCUACAAAGUUCAUCUCCAAAAUAGUGGGUCGUGAAAUCAUUGUGAGGGAUGCCAUUCGCUUCCAUCAUUUCAAGGACGGAUUGUGUUCGUGUGGAGAGUUUUGGUAAUUCUUAGCAUGUCAAGCAAAUGAACCUGACUGGGAAUAACAGGCAUGUCAGACAUUUCUAUUUUUCAUGUUGUGAUUGCCUUAUCAAGGCAAAACUGAGAUGAUGCUUUCAUCCUUGCAACGAUCAAGUGACAAGAGAUCAAAUAUUUAUCAAAGAGAAACAGCUAAAAAAUUCCAGGUGAUAUAUUCCCAGUGUACACUUCGAGAACAUUGCUAUCCAGGUCGUCAAGAGCUCUGCAUAAUAUAUGAAAAUACUGAGACUUACAUCUCUGUGACACUGAAUAUGUUACCGUAUUAUGCUAUCCUAUGCAAGCGCAAUCUUGGCGUGCUCUGCGUCUUAUCUUCAUUGUUUAUUGGACUUUGAUGCACACCCUAUUUACAAUAGUUGUGGAUGGUAAAAUAUUAGUUUUAUUUGGGUGAAGAUCAAUUCAUCUAGACCUCAAGCAGCCGUUGGAGAUGGAAUCGUCAAGUGAAUAAUACAAUGUAUAUGGAGGAGAAUCUACACAUAUGAAGGAGAACAUGAACGAGAAUUGACCAAAAAACAGCAGAUACUUCGACCGAAUCACAAGACAAUUGAGUAAAAUCGAGCAUAUAUUUUUAUUUAAUUUACACAAGGCCAAUUUUCUUUAAGUAACACUAUAUUUUCGGAGAUUUUUAGGGGUGUCGUAGUUUCAAUCUCCUCUCUCUAUUCAAAAUAAAU